UGCCAACCGAUGGAAUUCUAUCGAAUAGCCGUCGUAGUGCUAUUUGCCAUCGUGUUCUGUUCUGCCUGCGAAAGCAUCAGCUACGUCACAUCGACAAUAUUUAGUCUCGAGACGGUGGUUUUCAUGGCGUCACCGUUGUGCGCACCGUUCAUCGUGUUCAGCGGCUUUUUCGUCCAGAUCCAGUACCUGCUCCCGGCGGUCGCGUGGCUUCCGAGCGUAUCGCACAUGUUCUACGCACAUCGGGCCAUCGUGUUCGCCGUGUACGGUGGUGGACGCGGUGAGAUCGAGUGCGACGAGUCCACAAACGACAAGAUUUGCGUGCCGGUCGACGGCAAUUACGUGCUGGACAGGUUAAGUGCGAGCGACGUGAAUUUGUUCGUGAAUUUCGGAGCGUUACUGGCGAUAGACGGCUUCCUGAAGCUAGCCACCUUAUGUCUCCUCAAGUGGAGGCUGUGGCGGAACCGCUGAGGGCGCCUCGGAGGAAUCUGAUUGGAUGAGUAACUACAUUCAAAGUGUCACGGAGACAAACCGCUGCUGCUUCAGGCCAGGAAGAGUGAUUGUAAAACGAUUUUCGUUACUUUCCCACACAUGUUAUUAACGUAAUGAAUUGAGUAAAUAUACAGGGUUCGUUAUGCUGCCGAUGUAUGCGAACUUAGAAGCUAGUGAAGAGCA